AGAGAGAGAGAGAGAGAGAGCACCGGCGAACGUGUGUAAGGUCGCGAUGCGCGAGAAGAGAGAAAGAGAGAGGAGGAGGAGGACCUCGGUGAGGAGGAUGCGAGGCAGAGCGCGCGCGGGGUACACGUAAAGGGGUCCUCGCCGUGGUGCUCCCGGAGGUGGAAUGACUUGGGAAGGGGGCUGCACACAGAAGAGGGAAUAAGCCGCGCGGUAGAUAGGGGGGAGGCCCGCAGGCCGGCCUGCGGCUCCGACUCAGUAUCCCCGGAGCGACCGAGUCGUGUACCCCGUGGACGUUACUGCGUUUCCGUGCUCCAGCGUCCACACACGACGAUACAGUGGUAGAAACGGUACACACAUUCAUGCGUCCACACACACGUGCGCGUAUACGUGUACCACCUACACAUACACUUCUGUGCACGCCGGCUACUGAGCGGCGUGCGUGCGGAUCCACGCAUACAGCGAAGCCGCGUUGCACGCUCUAUACGCUGGACACGUGCACACACCUGUUCGUCGCGCGCGUUUUCGCGGCGCCGCCGACGCCGACGUCGCGCGCCGGACGGCCAACUCUCUCGCGGACUCUCGCCCUGCGACACGCGUGUGCGUGAGUAGUGUCACACGCCUCCCGUUCUCCUAACGUGCUUCUAGUGCCCCGAAGACGUCUCUUCUUUCCUCUUCCAACGAAUCGUUUCUUCAGAGAGGAAAAAUUUUAUUUUUAUUCAAAGUGUGUGAACGAUUCCCGCGACAAUUUUAUCCUUCCUUGUCGCGCAUCGUUAAUUGACACGAAAUGCGGAAUUAUCUGAAAGCCCGAGCGUCGAAUUGUUCUCGUGGUUUGUGUGGUGUAACAUGUCUGUAGAUUGAGAAAUUGAUCAGUGAAAAUCAGUGUCAGAUCUAAUCGUAACACUCGCAUAUCCGGAAAAGAAGAAUAUACACGCUAUCGGAUCGAUUUCUAUAGACUGUCGUAUCAUCCGUACACGUGGAACACGUGCUAGACGUCGAAGCUUAUGUGUGCGUUGAGGGAAGCAGGUGUCGAGGUGUCUUGCGAGUAGUGCGUGCGAUCGUCGAGCUUUUGCGUGCCCGAUCGCUUUCUCUUGUCCGACAAAUUUCAAGGCACGAAUCGAGUAAUUAGUCGUGAUUCGUUUCGCACGAAAAUCGGCAUUGACGAAGCGAGGGAAUUGCAGGACGAAUGAAAAAAAGAAACGCGAGAGAGCGAAGAGAACCGUAUCGCGGCGAUAUCGCGAGAUCAGAGUAAUCACUCGUGGUUGGAAUAUUCUCAAGAGCGAAAGGUACCUGUCGCGUCGCGAGAGCUCUGUGCGAAAGAGCUUACGCGAGUCUCAUCUCGGAUUCUUCUUGAAUGCCGCCUAUGUACGGGAAAAGUGAGGAUUCGAGAAUCUUCGUGGACGAAAAACGGUGGAGAAAAGCGUACGCGAGUCUACCAUUCAUUCACCAAGUGUUCGCGAGUGUUUAGUGCCAAGCGAAGAGGAAAAAGGAGUCGUUCCUCCACGCGGAGGACACGCGCCAGUGGAUAUUCGGUGUUGGUGCGCGGACCAGAAGAAUCUGCGGAGUGCAGUGUGCCGAUAAUAUAGAUCGAUAAUAUUCGGUGAGAGUGGUGAGAGAAAGAGAGAAAGAUCGAAGGAUACGCACAAACGGCGUGACGAGAGGACAGUGGAGGAGUGCUCGAGGGAGCGGCAGCCGAGGAGCAGCAGCAGGGGAUAUCGAUGAUAUGCGGUAGUCGAGGGAUUCCCCAGGGAGAGACAUGAGGGCGGCCGCCACCUACGUCCUGUUCUUAGCCCACCUCAUACAGGCGAUAACCGCGAGCGGAUACUUCGAAGUGCAGAUCCUCUCGCUGACGAACAACAGAGGCACCCUGGUGGACGGUAGAUGUUGCGGCGGGGGAGGCGGGGGCGGAAAAGGAGAAUUUCCACCCUGCCCGACUUCCUGCUCGACGGCCUUCUGGCUCUGUCUCAAGGAGUACCAGUCGAACGUUACCGCCAUCGGCUCCUGUAGCUUCGGCAACGUAUCUAGUCACGCCCUCGGCCCGAACACUUUCACCCUCACCGACCCCGUCACUCUACAACUCCACUUCACUUUCCGAUGGACCAGGCAAUUCACGCUGAUCCUGCAAGCGAGGGACGAGUUGAGCGCCGGCGUGAUCGAAGAAGCGAGUUACAGCGGCAUUGUCUUACCAGGACCCACGUGGCACACUCUCAAUCAUCAAGGAAGAAACGCUCAUUUGGCGUAUCGGGUGCGAGUCCAGUGCGCCGAUCAUUACUACAAUGCAACCUGUACCAAAUUUUGCCGACCUAGAAACGACAUUUUCGGCCAUUACACCUGCGAUGAGAAUGGGGACAAAGUGUGCAUACAGGGAUGGAAAGGUGUCGACUGUGAGACAGCCGUGUGCAAGGAAGGCUGCCACCCCGUGCAUGGCCAUUGCAACGUAAGCGGUGAGUGCCAAUGUCGGCACGGCUGGCGCGGCGAAUUAUGCGAUCAGUGCAUGCCUUAUCCAGGUUGCAAACACGGCUAUUGCAAUGGCUCGAGUUGGCAGUGUAUCUGCGACACGAACUGGGGCGGAAUCCUCUGCGACCAGGAUCUCAACUACUGCGGCACCCACGAGCCGUGCCAGAACGGUGGCACGUGCGAAAACACCGCGCCCGAUCAAUACCGAUGUACGUGCCCGGAAGGUUUCUCUGGGCCUACCUGCGAGAAGGUCGACAAUCCGUGCGCGUCUAGCCCGUGCUCGAACGGCGCGACUUGUCGCGAACUCGGCGAGACCGCGCAGUGCGAAUGCGCCCCGGGUUUCACCGGAUCAUUUUGCGCGACUGACAUCGACGAGUGCGCCUCGCAGCCCUGCCAGAACGGCGGUACGUGCAUGGACGGCAAGAACGGCUUCGUCUGUAACUGCCCGCCCGCUUGGCAGGGCGUACUCUGCCAGUUCGACGUGGACGAGUGCACGCUCAAGGAGUCACCCUGCAAGAACUUUCUCACCUGUAUCAACCUAGCUGGCGAUUAUAGAUGCCGAUGCCGGAGUGGCUUCACCGGCAAGAACUGCACGAAGAAUAUCAAUGACUGCGUCGGCCAAUGCCAACACGGCGCGCUCUGCAUCGAUUUGGUAGAUGAUUACCAUUGCAGCUGCACCGCCGGCUACUCCGGCAAGGACUGCGACGUUGACAUCGACGAGUGCGCAUCCAAGCCGUGCCAAAACGGCGGCGAAUGCCGCGAUUUGGUCAACGCUUACGAGUGCGUGUGCCCAGUGGGCUUCACUGGCUAUCAGUGCGAGAUCGAUCGUGAUCAUUGCAGCCCAAAUCCAUGCCGUAAUUCGGCACCAUGUUUCAAUACGCAGACUGAUUACUACUGCCAUUGCCCGGCACAGUGGCAAGGUAGAAAUUGCUCGGAACCGGCCUUGCAUAAUCUGCAAUUCGGAGCAUUGGACGAUGUGCAAUCGGGCUGUGGCAGCGAGGGCACCCCCUGCGGCGGUAAAGGCCGAUGCAGCGGCGGCAGAUGCAUCUGCGAUCCAGGCUACACUGGCGUGCAUUGCCAUGAGAACAUCAAUGACUGCCGCGGCAAUCCCUGCCUGAACGGCGGCACAUGCGUCGAUCUGCUCAACUCGUUUCAAUGCAUCUGUAGAGAGGGUUGGAGCGGAGAUCUUUGCGAUCAAAAUGUGGACGAAUGUUUGACACAGCCUUGUCGCAACAAUGGUACCUGCGUGGACGGCGUGGCAGAUUUCACGUGUAUCUGCCGGAGUGACUGGAAGGGCAAGACGUGUGCGCUGCGCGGCGGCCACUGCGAGCCGGGUACUUGUCGGAACGGCGGCACCUGCCAGGAUCGCGGUGACGGCUUUACAUGCCACUGUUCGCGUGGAUGGGAAGGCGCGGCCUGUCACAUCGCGUCACCGUCGGCCUGUACGAGUAAUCCUUGCGCGAACGGCGCGACCUGCGUGAACACGGUUGACGGCAACUAUCGAUGCGUCUGUCGCGAGGGCUUCGAGGGACCGAACUGUCGACGCAACGUGGACGACUGUCAGCCCUUGCCAUGCUUGAACGGCGGCAAAUGCGUGGACGGUGACAAUUGGUUCAGAUGUGAAUGCGCGCCCGGUUUCACUGGUCCAGAUUGUCGUAUCAACGUGAACGAAUGCGCGAGCGAUCCGUGCACCGGCGGUGCCACCUGCAUAGACGGUAUCGCGAGUUAUUCGUGCGUUUGCCCACCCGGUAGAACUGGCCCGCGAUGCGAGAUUCGAACGGCUGGUGGACCCGGCUGCGCGGCCGUCACGUGGGAGGACGACUGCAACGUAUGCGAGUGCCGAAAUGGCAAAAAUCAAUGCAGCAACGUCUGGUGUGGACCAGGAAAUUGUCUAAACGACACCUCUUGUUUGGCCCACGAGGUUUGCGUUCCUAGCCCAGGCGAGAGUUGCCUGGCACCACCGUGUCCGGCGUGGGGUGAAUGUCGUCCUAUCGAAACUGGGAGGCGGGUCGGCCCGCCGGCACUACCUGCUCCGCCGUCCUGCUGGCCUGGACAAUCCACCCUCGGACCAACUUGCUCGAGACUCACGAUACUACUGCGGAGGGACACUCUAGCAUCCGGCACGUCAGUGGAAUUACUAUGUCGUCGUCUGAGAAAGCUCCUAGCCGAUCCACGAAGGCCACAAUCGGUGGUGUUGCUAUGCGAUCUGAAGCCCGGCGACAACGAUACAGUGGAAGUGACUAUUUUCUCCGAGGCGGCGACGGAAGCGGCCCGCGACCUCAGUGAAACGCUCAGUCGCCCGCUAGCCAGACCUCUCGUUUUGGCCUCCGUGCUAGAGGUCAAAGUGGAGACGGCGCUGCUCAGCGAACCCAGUUCAGUGAAUGCGGCAAAUGCCGGCAGCUAUGUGGCCGUUCUGGGCGGUGCUUUGGCAACUGUGCUAUUGUUAGCUCUAUUCGGCAGCCUCUGGUAUCUCAGAACCAUGAGGCAUAGAUCGAACUUAACAGCGACUACCAGCAGCGAAACUUCGUUGCAUCGUCACCGUAGCGAUUUAGAUGAAAAAUCAAAUAAUCUUCAGAACGAGGAGAAUCUUAGAAGAUAUGCCAAUCCGCUCAAGGAUCAGGAUUCCGAACCUCGUGUAUCCGUUGUAAGGCCUCUGUCAGGCACUUCGCUUGGCACAUUGACCGGCACCGAGGAGAGUCUCGAAAUGGUGUCUGAGGAAGGCAGACAUCGUUUGCCACCACUCUACAAACCGCCUAGCGCGGAAGCCAGAAACAAUACGGCCAGUUUUAGUUAUGAAGAAGGACCGCAUAAGCCUUACAGCAAGCCCAGACUACAGGAACCGCCAUAUCCUCAUCAACAACCAAGUACCAGUCAGAUGUCAGGGCCGCAUCAAGUGUUAACGGUACACGUGUGAUUAAAUAUCAUUAAAGUAAUGUGAAGAACAGUUGGACAGUGUUGAUGAUUUUCUCGGGUUCUUUUUGCAUAAUAAUGCACUGAUAAAAAUUCUUAGGAACUAGAAGGUAACGCUAGAGACUAGUAGGAAACGCUUACUUGGACAAUCCUGUUUUUUGUGAUAAUGGGAAAUGUGAACUCUCUCGAUACUUGUUCGAGAUAAUUUGAGACGGCUCUCUCCUAAAGUUCUUCUUUAUGAAAAUUGAACCAAUGUUUAGAAUAUUAGAGACAAAUGCAAAGAAAAAAAGAAAAAGAACACACGAUUCUUAUAGGAUUCAGCAAUUUAAUUAUUUUAUAAGAUAACUCAUGAAUUUUCAACGCCUCUUCGAAGUGUAUCUUUUUACGAUCGCUUCAUUAUAGUAUUAUUAGAAUAUGACUAUUAAAAUUCUCAUUUUUUAAAUAAUUGUACAAAAAUGUUAGCACGAUUUUCAGAUUGAAAAUUUAGAAAAUGAUUAAAAUUUAUUUUCUCUCUUUUUCUCCUCGUCCGACCCUCUCGUACUUCUAUACGACGACAAUAAGCGACAAUUAUAAAUAAUUUUAAUGAUCAGUUGUUAUCGUUGUACAUAUGUAUAUAGCUCGUACUUAUUAAUUUCGCUAAGCCUGUAUCUCCUUCGCAUCCCCUUUCGGCGUUGUCAUUCCUCUCCCCUAUAUGCGCGCCUUGAUUUUAUAUGUUUAUAUUUAAUCUUAUACUCUUUUGAUAUUAUUAUAUAUCGCCAUUGUUAGAAUUUUUUAUUUUCAUAAUUUGAAAAAUAGGAUGGCACAGUCGCACCUAUGUACUGUACGUUUGUCUCGAUUAUGAAACUGUACUUUGUAUGUAUGAUAUAACGUGGGCUUCAAACGUUCCUUCAGACGAUAUUAUUGUGAUACUCAUAGAGAAACAAUGUCAUUGUAUAGCAUUACUAUGGUACUCCACGUGUUCAUUUAUUUCAACACUUGGUCGAGUUUUUUUCGCGAAAACACGACAAGUGAUUUUUGCGCGAUGAGAGAUACUGCCAUUGCGAGAGGAUGUGUGCUACACGAUACGUUAAAUCGCGGCGGCACAUUGACUUGUAAAGAACAUAUUAGUGACGUAAAUAUAAUGAUUUAGAACGUAUUUGAAUGCAGAGUAAAAACGAUGUACAUAGUGACGCUAUUGCAUCGUGGAACGAUGUAAAUAAAUCUAAGUACACAUGUCCAGAUCGUUCUUAUCCCCAGUCAUUAUCAACCCUUAGAUGUGCAAUUCGUUUUCUUUUUUUUUAUACUAGCGUUUCCCAUGUUGAAUUCCCUGCGAAAUGGCCACAGCAGACUAGUUUAAACUGAGAAACGUAACUCGUUUAGGCAUAGAUUUAUAGCAGGAAGGAACAAAGUUUUAUAAUAGAUACUUUAUUUUGUAGAGAAAGCUAUAUUACUGUACGAAUACAUAUAUAGAAGAAAGUGAGAGACGAUGAAUAUAUAUAUAUAUAUAUAUAUAUAUAUAUAUAUAUAUAUAUAUAUAUAUAAAUAUAUAUUAUAUUAUAUAUUAUAUUAUUUUUAUUUUAUUUUCUUGUGUAUUAAUUAUUUUCAGAUCAUAAGCAAUAAUUGAUCAUUGUCAUACAGUUUUUUGUUCAUUCUCGUCAACUUUAAAGCGAAGUGAUGGUAGUAAAAAUCUGUUAAACUAAUGCUUUAAUGGUCUAAUCGACGUUAAACAAUUAAAAAAAACAUCCACGCGUUGUGAUUAUUUGUGUUUGAUAUCGAGAAAUGUGUAAACGAAUGCGUGUACAUAAGCUCUCUCCUACUACCCCGUCUUCCCCUCCUCUCUCCCAUAUAGGUUUACGACGAUGUGAAGGAUUUUAAUAAAAAGUACAACCCUUCGACAUA